AUGGCUGACAAGCAUUUCCCAAUAGUAUUGUCGUUUAUGUCGACAUUCGGCGGUCCGCGAUCUCCUACCACUGCAGACCCCGAAAAGACAACAACAGCCUCGACGGACAACCUGGCAGCUGGCAGACGACCGGCCGACAUCGACACGGCCACCCCUCAAGCCUCAGCCGCAAAACUAGAUGGUGCAGGCCAGCAAUCACCAGGCUCCCCCGCCGGCACCCCAUCAAGAGCACGAGGAGAUUCGAGGCCGCCUCGACCCAUGAGCAUGAUACAGACGUACAACCCGCCUCAGGUGGAGGUCGCCCAGGACACCCCGCCCGAACUCGCGCCCAUCUUCAGCUUUUUGAACAGCCACAGUAAUAAGCUAUACUUGGAGGGCUAUUUUUUGAAGCUCCACGAUCUGGACGCCAGAGGGAGGCCGAGCCUAGAGAGGAAUUGGGUGGAAUGUUUUGCUCAGCUCACUGGAACGGUGCUGUCAUUGUGGGAUGCGACUGCCUUGGACGUGGCUGCGGCGGAUGAUUCGGUUAUACCGACUUUCAUCAAUCUGAGCGAUGCUUCGAUUAAGAUGAUCGAGAACCUUCCUAUGAGCGGAUAUCAGGGAGGAAAUCUCCAGAACGUACUCAGCAUCUCAACUGCGGCCAACAACCGCUACCUCUUGCACUUCAACAACCUCGCCUCCCUCACACAAUGGACGGCAGCCAUCAGGCUCGCAAUGUUCGAGCAUUCUUCACUGCAGGAAGCAUACACCGGCUCACUCAUAGCCGGCAAAGGACGGUAUCUAAACAACAUCAAGCAGAUCAUGUUUCGAACACAGUUCGCUCACGAAGAUUGGGCUCGUGUCAGGUUUGGCGCAGGAACGCCGUGGAGAAGAUGUUGGUGUGUCAUCAAUCCGCCAGACGAGAAAGAGUACAGCAAAGCACACAAGCUGUCCAAGAAGUCAUCAGCAUACGAUCGCGGAGAGAAGAGACUGCCAACGGGUGAUAUCAAGUUCUACGACACGAGGAAGGUCACGAAGAAGACGAGGCCGAUUGCUACGGUCACGGAUGCCUACGCAGCAUACGCCAUCUAUCCUCAGUCGAAGCCACUGAUCGAUCAGUCGACUCUGGUCAAGCUUGAAGGGCAAGUCACCAUGCAUAUGUCUCCUGAGAGCACCACUGAAGGCUUCGUCUUCGUCAUGCCAGAGGUGCACGCAGCAGUGACUGGCUUCGAGAUGAUGCUUCGGUGGCUCUUCCCAGUCUACGACACUUUUGCGCUUUACGGACGGCCUACCAAGCUCAUUGCGGAUACCUUGGACCAGCGUGGGCUCAUGUUCGCCAUGCCAAGCAAUCGUCGAUAUGGCUACCUUGACAAUUUGGAUGUGUCGAGUCUGAUUCACACCAAGGGCAGCCACGCGUGGAGCGAGAGGAAGUGGAGGUUCGAAAUGAAGAAGAUGACCGCUUCACGUGUAUCGCAAGGCAUAGAUGGUCCGCCAGCCAGCCGACAGACUAGCCGUCGUAAUACAACGAGCAGAACGUCGGUGACACCGAUGGGCGUCCGCUUUGGAGAUGAUGAGAAUGCGCACUCUACACCAGGGUCUCGAUCUCAGUCGCCCGGAGGACCGCCCAAUGGCGCUCCACUUCCACGCACCGAUUCUGCGCCGCCGAGCGCAUACUCAAGCCCGCACAAGCGUUCAAUGUCGGAGGCGCUCGGCUACAAGAAGUAUCAGACGGAGACGCCAUCCCGACUGUCGUACGAAGCCACAAGACCGGCUGAAGACGACUUGCCACCUCCACCUCCUGCACAUGGCGGUAUGCUCGCUGCGCCAUCUUAUGGUCCUGCAUCAGCAUCUACCAGUCGCACUAAGCUUGAGCGGAUAGAGUCCGGAGCUGAAGUGCCGACCAUGCGAACGCUGGACAAUCAAGUGGUGCCGAACCGAGCAGCCGACCCAAUGUUGCAGCCACCGGCGCCUGUGGGUGCUCCCCCAGCGUUCGUCCACUCGCCCAACGCCCGUCCAGGCCACAGGCCUACGGCGGCUCCCGAGCUGCGUAGAGCGCACUCGAAUGUCGAUGCCGCCACCCUGUACCAGAUGCAAGAGGCCUCGCGCCGCGACGGCACGCCCGACAGCCGCACUCCCGACGAAGAGACCUGGAACGGUGACGUGCAGCAGCGCCAACAAUACACGGUAGCGUCUCAACCAUACACAAACGCGAGUCUCGAGGUGCCUGCUGAUCGCUCGCAAGGCAUAGUAAACAGGAAGCAACGCGACCCAAGACAGCGCCUGAGCACGAUCCCCGGGUCGCCGUAUGUGGGUGAUGAUUCGCAGACGUUUGAGUCGCCGGUGCAGAUGGCGGCGCCGGCUUUGGAUGGGGUGCAUGAGGUUCCGCCGGCUGAUGAGAGGGGUGAAACGUCGUCUGGUGAGGAUGGGAGACCGGGGCCUCCGGUACCGCUACACUCGAGCCGUAGUAUUGCGAGGAAGCCGGUGCCCAAAUCGCUGCCUAUUCCUCCGAUGCCGUCUGAGCAGGCCAUGUCCGACCCUAGCUCGCCUGAAUCUCCUGUUAAUGACGAGAGCUGGGCGGGCGGGCUGAUCGACGAAGAAGCGCUUGAGCGAGUUUUGAAUCAGCCUGACGGCCGCAGCGCUACCAUGACGACCGUUUCUUCUGUGCCGGACUACGCGAGCACGAUCAGCAACCACUCGGCGAAAGGACCGAUACAGUCCUUCGAGCGUCCACGAGCUGGCAAACUGAAAACUGUCGGUGACCCUGGCAUUCCCGCGGUUGACCCGCGUUCUGGAGGUGCCGGUAGGCUCGACACCUGGGAGGCGGAUCAGGCUGCUCAGUCGAGCGAGAUUCCUGGCGUUGACUUUGGGCCGACGUAUGCUUACAAGCCUAGCUCUCGGCCCGGGACCAGCGGCACGAUGACUCCGGGCGACAUGGCGUACAAGAGGCGUUCGCGGUCGGCAGAUCGUCUUGCUAGUAUGAUGAGUGGCGCGCUUGGAGCCAGCCCGCGGCCAAGUCCGAGCGAGGGCAAACGGCUUUCGUAUUUCGGCAGUGGUGAGAGGACCACGCCUAGUUCGGGACGAAUGACGCCUGAGUUUGGAGCUGCUGGAGAACGGUCGAGCAUGGCGUGGCAAGCGGGCGCCUCGCCUGGACGUCUCACGCCCGACUUUGACACCGCAGGCAACCGAUCAAGCAUGGUCUGGCAACCCUCAACAUCUCCCGGCCCAGGCCAACUCCACCGCAGUAGGACCAGCGUCACCCCAGAAGAAUGGGUCCAUCAACGCGCCGCAAUGGCACAACAACAACCCCAAUACGUCGCUCCCCAACGCAAAGGCCUCCCUAACCUCUUCCACGGCCGCUCCAACAGCGCCCAAGGCCAGCGCAACCGCCUCACCAAAACUCCACCACCCGGCCGUACCUUAUCCGGCGACUGGACCCAGCAAGCCAGACGCACACCCACCCCCGACCGCCCUGCCUCACGCGGUCCGAGCGCCCACCUCGACAUGGGAGGGCACAACCUGUCCGCGAGAGAGCAGAUGCAAGUCUCCCGCGCCACCGGCACCCCAUUACUCAACUUGCCUGCAAAGCAGCAACACCCGGAGCAACCGGGUAUGCUCGCCUACGUCGCGGCAAGGGAGAGGGACAAGGCUGCGUCGAGAGAGGGCAGGAAUAGCGCCGCGGUGCAACAGGCUAUUCUGGAACGGCAGCAGGGGCGGCUGCGGGCGGAGGCGGACGCGCAGGCGGCGAGGGAGGCGGACGCGCAGCAGGUUUAUCAGGUGCAGGUGUUGGCGCAUCAGCAGAGGAUGAUGAUGAUGCAGGCGCAGUGGCAGCAGCAGCAGCAACAGCAGGGAAUGCAGUGGAACCAGGGUGUGGUCGCGCAGAACGGGAUGGUGGAUCCGGGGAUGCAGCAAUAUGCCGGUAAUGUCACCGCGAGGCCAGGCGUGCAGCAGCGGAACUCGUGGCAAGCGCCUGGGGCGUACUCGCCUGGACCUCAACAACAGUGGGCGGGUCAGGGGAUGGGAGGGCAAGGGCAGGUCUACUCGCCUGGACAGCCGACGAGUCCUGGGUCACAUGGGUUUUAUACGCCUAGUCAGGGUUUCACGCCGGGUGGACAGCAGCAGGUGUAUCAGCAGCCGUAUGGGGCGGCGUAUUUUGGGCAGGGGGGACAGGGGCAGCAGAGGAGGGGUUGA